AUGUCAAAUAUGACAAUUUUCCAAAACGUCAACAAAACAUCCUAUGAGAUGCUCAAACUAUUUUGUGUAAAGUAUAGAAUAAUUUUACGAUUUAAAUAAAAAACAUGGAUACUAACGACAUAAUGGACGAUAAGGAUAGCGGGCCAGAGGUCCAGCUGAACUUUCCCAGCUCUGUGUUGAGUCGCAUCGAAGAACUUAUGGGUGGAACUGAGCAGUUCGACAACGACGAGUUUGAUGCAGUCGCAUACAUCAACCGCAUAUUCCCUACGGAGCAGUCGCUAGCGGGUGUGGAGAGUGCGGUGGCCCGCUGUGAGUUCCGGCUGGCGGGUGUUGAGCUCGACAUCCGGCGACUCGUGCGCGAGCAGCCCUCGCAGCGUGAGGAGGGACAGAAAGCUCUGCUGCAUGCGAGGCAGUGCAUCUCUGAGUUGGCUCUGCAGGUGGCAGACAUAAACAAGAAAGCUGAACGUAGUGAGAGCAUGGUCCGUGAGAUCACCUCCGAGAUUAAACAGCUGGACUGCGCCAAGUCAAACCUGACAGCGGCCAUCACGGCUCUCAACCACCUACAUAUGUUGGUGGGUGGAGUGGACAGUCUCAACGCUAUGACUGACACGAGGCAGUAUAAAGAAGUUGUACUACCUAUGCAGGCCAUUAUGGAGGUGCUGCAGCACCUGGAGUGCUACCGCGACAUCCGCGAGUUGGCGGCGCUGCGCUCGCAGGUGCACGCUGCGCGCGCGCAACUCUCCACGCAGAUACUCGACGACUUCAAGCUUGCUUUCACAGGCAGCAAAAGCACCGUGAGCCACAAGACCCUGAGCGAGGCGUGCGCAGUGGUGGACAUCUUGGAGCCGAAGGUGAAGCAGGAGUUACUAGACUGGUUCAUACACAUGCAGUUACAGGAAUACCAACACCUAUUCUCAGCGGAACAGGAGUCAGCGUGGAUAUCGCACAUCGAGCGGCGCUACGCGUGGCUGAAGCGACAUCUGCUGGCGUUCGAGGACUCUCUGGCGACCAUCUUCCCGCUGGCGUGGAGGCUCAGCGAGAGGAUCGCUAUGCAGUUCUGUAAGAUAACCCGUGAAGACCUAAGCUCAUUGCUCGCUGCCCGCCGCAGUGAACUAGACGUCAAACUGCUUCUAUACGCUAUACAGAAGACUUACAAUUUUGAGCUGUUGCUGCACAAAAGAUUUACAGGAACAGACAUCGGCGCAGAGAAUAUAGAAAACGCAACGGACAGUAAAACAUCUUUUGAUAUCGAUGCCAAGCCGGACACGGAAACGCUGGACGGGCCCGCGGCGCCCCGGGGCUCCGCGUGGGUGGGCGCCAUCGGGGGCUGCUUUGAGCCGCACCUGUCGCUCUACAUCCGCUCGCUCGACACCAACCUCCGCUCGUUCAUGGACAGGUUCUUGCAGGACGCAAAAUCCGAUACAGGAGCGGGGGAAAUCUCAAACACGGGUGGAGGUGCAGUGAUCUCUUCUUGUGCAGACCUGUUUCUGUUCUACAAGCGAUGCUUGGUUCAGUGCGCGCGGCUUAGCAAUACUGAACCUAUGUUAGAACUGUCAGGCGUGUUCGCCAAGUACUUGCGCGAGUACGCGUCGUCCGUCCUGGCGGCCGCGCUGCCUCGCGCCGCCAGCGCCGGCCUCGUCAGCAACCUGCAGACGUUGCUCAAGGAAUAUGAUACUAAUAGAUCCAGGUACACUCCUCAAGAGCUAGCGAAGAUAACCAGCGUGAUCACUACAUCGGAAUAUUGUCUCGAGACCACAGUUCACUUGGAACAGAAGCUCAAAGAGAAGGUGGCUUCCAGGCUGGCUGAUAAGAUAGACCUGCUGCCGGAACAGGACCUGUUCCACAAAAUGAUAACUGAUUGCAUCCAAAUGUUAGUACAAGAUCUAGAACUGGCGUGCGAACCAGCUCUGUUAGCGAUGACACGUAUAUCAUGGCUACACUUCGACACAGUCGGCGACCAGAGUUCAUACGUCACGCAAAUCAUUAUGCACUUAAAAAACACCGUCCCAAUACUUCGCGAUAAUUUGGCUUCAUCGCGGAAAUACUUCACCCAGUUUUGCAUACGAUUCGCCAAUUCUUUCAUUCCGAAAUUUAUACAAAACAUUUAUAAAUGUAAACCUAUUUCUACUGUCGGGUCGGAGCAGCUGUUGUUAGAUACGCAUAUGCUUAAAACAGCGUUAUUAGAGUUACCGUCUGUCGGUUCGGAGGUUAAACGACCUCCGCCAGCUACUUACACGAAAGUCGUAAUAAAAUUGAUGACUAAAGCAGAAAUGGUGUUGAAGUUAGUGAUGGCGCCGCUAGAGGGCGCCGGCGAUAGUUUUGUAGCGCAAUUCUUGCAGCUCUUACCCGACUGCUCCUUGCAAGAGUUCCACAAAGUUCUAGAUAUGAAAGGUGUUAAAAUGUCCAAAACUCAAAUGCAAGCGUUAGAUCUACUGUUCAAAGAGACCGCGAAGUCGACUACUGAGGCUGGGAAAUAGAUCAAAUAUAAGAAAUUAUUCGUUUAUAUAUGAAACCAGUUCGAAUCCUGCUCGUGUCAUAUUUGUUUACCAAUCUGACUCGUUUACGUCGACCAUUUCUGGUGAAGAAAACGUAUAGAUGAAUAUGAAUAUUUUAUUCACUAGUCUGCUUAUAUGGGACAUGAAUGGCAGUAGUCAUGUCAGAUGCCUAUAGAUGACUUGAAUAAAAGCUGACACCAGUGUUAGCAGUAACACGCUCGAUAAGAAAUGUUUGUAUUGUAGGUUACUAUAAAUUAUUUUUAAAAAAUCGUUGUCUGUAUAUUUUUAUGUUUAGUAAUAGAGACACAAAAGUUCACUAUUGUAUUAUAAAUAUCAUAGCUAUCAUCCUAUCUGAUAGCUAGUAUACUAUCCAAGAAUGUAUUAAUACACAAACUGUAAAUAGUGCCUUUAGGCUGUCAGAAUGUCCUAUUAUAGCUGUGUAUUACUAACCAAGGCACUGUUAUACAGCUAAAGACCUUAAAUUGUUCUUAUAAGAGUGUAUUAUAGACAUCAUAGAGCAUAUAUUAAUUUAUUUAUAUUGCGAAAUUAUGAGAUCAAAUUGACUGAAUGGCUAUAUUUUGUAUGCAAAAGGAAAUAUUAAUAAACAACUAUAACAUAUUAAAA